AAAGGUCUUUCUUGCCCGCUUCAUGACUGGAUACCGGAUCCACAUCGCUGCUUAUGCGAGACACUGCGGAUCCUCAGGUCCGACGCGGGUGAAUAUAUAGUUAGGACUGAACCUGAACGUACGGUACUGUGGUCAAAAUGGUUCUGUACUGCUAUGUCACCCACGACCAGCUUUCGGGGUUUGAUAAAUAUAAGUACAGUGCAGUGGACACCAAUCCCCUCUCUGUCUAUAUAAUGCACCCCUUCUGGAAUUCAAUGGUGAAGAUCUUACCCACUUGGUUGGCUCCUAACCUCAUAACCUUUACCGGGUUCAUGUUCCUGGUUCUCAAUUUUGCCAUCUUAUCCUUCUAUGAUUACGACUUCUACGCUGCAGCUGAGGGACAUGCUCACGUGCCCAGUUUGGUUUGGAUAGCGGCCGGCCUCUUCAACUUUCUGGCAUACACAUUAGAUGGCGUGGAUGGCAAGCAGGCGCGGCGCACGCACUCCAGCACACCACUCGGCGAGCUCUUCGACCACGGGCUGGACAGCUGGGCGUGCGUCUUCUUCGUCUGCUCUAUGUACUCGGUGUUUGGGCGGGGCGCCAGCGGCGUGGGCGUGCUCACGCUCUACUGGCUGCUCUGGGUCGUCCUCUUCUCCUUCAUCCUCUCGCACUGGGAGAAAUACAACACUGGCGUGCUGUUCCUGCCCUGGGGCUACGACCUCAGCCAAGUGACUAUUUCUAUUGUGUAUAUAAUAACAGCUGUGGUUGGUGUGGAGACGUGGUAUGAGCCAGUGAUAUGGAACAUUCACUACAGAGACAUCUUUAUCGUUAUGAUCUUGGGCUGUUUAUUCACUGUAACAUUACCAAUGAGCCUCUACAACAUCGUCAAGGCGUACCGCGCGGGCUCCUUGAAGCACAGCUCCAUGUACGAGGCCCUGCUGCCUUUCUUCUCGCCCGUGCUACUCUUUGUCCUGGCCACACUGUGGGCCUGCCUCUCUCCCGGCGAUGUCCUGGGGCGCCAGCCGCGCCUCUUCUACCUGAUGGUUGGCACAGCCUUCGCCAACGUCACGUGUAAGCUAAUCGUGUGUCAGAUGAGUAACACGCGUUGCCAGGCGCUGAGCUGGCUUCUGUUGCCCAUGGCAGCGGUUGUGCUGCUCGUGUGCUCCGGGGUGGCACAGCAGAGCGAGACCCUGGUGCUGUACGCGUGGACGGCCGUCGUCGUCCUCUCACAUGUCCACUAUGGCGUCUCCGUGGUGAAGCAGCUGAGCGACCACUUCAACAUCUACGCCUUCUCCCUGACGAAGCCGCGCUCAGAAUGACAGGGCGAGGAGAAGAUCGCCCUGGCGGCUGCGGAGGUCUAAGACGCCUCGGCGCCCUCCGCAACGAGCUGACACGGAAACCCAUCACCACGGAGACGCAUCUCAUACCAGGAAAAAGAGACCCACUGAGCGAAUUAACCUUCCAAGUCUGAGCACAGACAUGCGGCGGAACGGCAGAAGCCUGCGAACUGAGCCAGCUGCUGCCGCUGGGGGUCUGGUCCUGCUUCUCACCUGUGCAGCUGUGUAACAGGGGCUGAUUGGCUGCAGGCUGUUUUGGCUGUCUGCCGUCCGAAGCUGAGGAGAUUCGCUUGUUUCCUACGGAAAUGUGCUUUCAGUGGAGAUACGGGGAGCUUUGAAUUAUUAACACACUCACUUACUUACUUACCCUUAUACACACACACGCAUAACACGCAUAGGUAUGCUCAGUGACAUGUAGCAAACCACAUUUCAAAUACACAUUCACACAUUUACUAGGAAUACAACACAGAUUAAUGAAUGUCUAGUGCAUUGUUUGCCUCGAGCAGUUGCAGUUUUAUUUGGGUUAUUUCUUGCUUCAUUUAUUCAGUUUGGAAAAAGUUUAAGGAAAAAACAAACAUGUUUUUAUAUCCAGUGAAAUUUGUGGCAUUACUGAAUGAAAACGCUUAUAAGUUGUGACGGUGGACUUGAGACGUACAGCUUAAAUGAUGGAUUUUAUUUUCUUGAAAUCUGGGUUUGAUUCUGUUUUUAUGGGAACUGUCCUCCACUGCUUUGCCUACAGCUCUACAAACCUCUGUAAAAAACAAAACAAAAAAAACCAAUCGGAACUCACUUGAAAUUUUCAGAACCCUGCCAGGAACUGUAAUGAAGGAGUUGUGAACCUCGCGCAAGGCCUAAGCCAUGAUCCUGAAUGCCUGACAGAAGGUUGUGGGUUUUAUGUGUCCUGGUAUUACCACUGUAAUCCUCAAGGCUCAUCUCCUUAUUCAUUUAAUUUCUGUUUUACCUGGGUGAUGGUGUCAGCCUGCCGAUUUUGGUACCAUUUUUUUUUUUUUUUUGUUCGUUCGUGUCCUUUCUCUUUCGUUUCACAAGUGAGCUUUUAUUGAGUUUAUUUGCUCUCGAAUGAAGAGUGCGCUUCAAAGCCUGACCAGGAGAGGGCGCACUUGGAGUGAGCGAGUGUCACCUCGCUCCGUUCGCUAAACACGAUAAAAGCGCUAGUCUCUGGAUACUGCCUGCUCGGAGCCCUCCCGCAUCAUUCUUCUUGGAUUUUUUUGUAUUUAAUAUUGUGUGUGUUUUGGGGGGGGAGGGGUUCCCUCCAAUUUGGUGGUAAGUGGUUACGUUACAAAAGUGGAAUGUUUAAUUAGAACUAUCAGUGUGUGUGUGUGUGUGUGUGUGUGUGUGUGUGUGUGUGUGUGUGUGUGUGUGUGUGUGUGUGUGUGUGUGUGUGUGUGUGUGUGAGAGUGAGAGAGAGUGAGUGAGUGAGUGAGUGCGCCUAUACAUGCCUGAGGCUGCCAUGGGUUCAAGAGCAGUUUUAAAUCCAUUGGUUUAUAGGCAAGUGUGUCAUUUUUUGAGGUCAUGUAUUAUACAUGGUAGUGAAUUCAAAUGAAGCAGAGACUCUUGAGAACCUCCAGUGGAAGAUAAACAUAGGAUAUCGCUGCUCACUGGCCUGAAAUAUGCACAUACAAAAAGGCUGGUAAUCUCUUCCCCCUUAUAACAUGCACUCUGAUUCAAGCUCAGUAGUUCAUGGUUAAAGUAACAUUUCUGUUGUGUAAUGUGUAAACAGUCAGGUAAUAAAAAUAUUUUCUCACAACCUCUGUGUGAGGUCAGUAUCUAGUAUUUAUUGUAAUAUACAUUUUCUUAAAACCAUUGUCACUGUUUUUGAUUGACUGAAGUGGUGCUGAAAUGUCAAGAGUAGCAAUGCAAUGGCUACUCACUCAAGGGCCCUGCUCCUUUUUGAGGUGAGCUUUGCGAAUAACCAGAUAGAGCUCGAUUAUACUGUAGUACUCAAGUUAUCCAUAAGGUAUGGUUAUUGUAUACCUUGAUGUAGGACGGUGAUGCUUUGAGCGCUGCUUCUUGUAACUGAUCAUCUCUGAUUUGAGCUGUACAGUUCCACCUCUGCAUGGGGACCAGGUGGCGAUUGUAUGGUUGUCUUGGGUUUCUGGAUAGUCCCUUAUAAAUGUGACCUUUCGUUAACUGAAAUGGGGAAUAUGAAGACCAACCUCUUUUUUUUUUAAAGCUAUUAAAAGGACUAAGUAAUGGGAUACCUUUGUCAAUGUAUUUGUGUAAUGCAUUAGUAGACUAUGAAAUUGUUUUUUUGUUUGUUUGUUUGUGUUUGUUUGUUUGUUUUGUGAAAUUGACUACGAACCACUAACUAAUCUGAUAAUGCUGAUGUUCUGUACUAUACUCAAUAUUAAACAGUCCUGUUAAACUGUA